AUGGCCCGUGGGGCCAAGGCCCGCGAAUAUGACUACUCCGCAGUAGGAACUCAAGGAAGACGAACCGGUAUUACUUUGAAAGAAGGCAAACGUGAUGAACAUGGCAUGGAAGAAGUGGACGGUCUUUUUUCAUCUCCUGAGAAAUCACCUGCAAAGGUGAAUGGCUUUGAUGACAGAGACAGCGAAGAUUCGAUUGGUUCCGAUGGGAUGUCCAUAGAUGAAGGCAACGCGCCUGGUCCCAUGGACUUCCUCAAUGCCACCAACGCCUCGCGUAAUGCCCUAUUGCCUCCACCCGGUCGGUCACCUGCUAAGGGCAUUUCUUCGUCUGCCCGUAUAUCGCCUGAUUUGCGCUCGACACCAGACCAAGAAGACGAAUCAUUAUCGCCAAGUCCUUCAGAUGGUAAAGGCUUGACCAAAACCAACGGUUCGCGACAAGAAGCAUCUCCAUUGACUGCUCGAUCAGUUAACGCGGGUGUCUCGAAGCCGAGACACAAUGGUCCAAAGGCCACGAAAGCGCAACUAGUGGCACCUGAGUCUCCUAUCGUACAUGACUUUUCAGACGGCGACGAAAAUGCCAAUUCAUUCCUCCCCGAAGACAAUGACUUUGGAGACAGCUUUGAUGCCGGAGACGAGACUGUGAUGCCCGAAGAUGAUGUUCCCGAGCCUCCUGUCCAGGACCAUAGUGAUGCCGAUAACGACUCGCCUCCAGCAGAAGCCUCGCCCGUGGCGCCAAAGAAGCCUACGACGACUUCCAAACAGAGGAAGCAAGCACCCGCAGCGAAGGACACCGAUUCCAAGACAAAGAAGAAUGGAACUCAAAGUGGACGACGCGGACGACCCCCGAAGAGCUCACGUCCACUUGAUGAGGAAGCAGUACCCGAGGCCAGGUCACCCAAGAGGCAAAAGGUCACAAAAAGCCAGUCUCAAGUGAUCCGCGAACCAUUGGACCCCGAACUUAACAAAGUCGUCGAGAAUUAUACCCAACGUUCAGGACCGUUGAAGGGUCGCAGCUUGUACAUCCUCAAGAGAGAAAACCCCACAGACCAGAGCUCCACACAUACUCGCUCAGGGCGUGCAUCGAUCCGGCCUUUGGCAUACUGGCGUAACGAAAGAUGUGUCUAUGGGGACGGUGAGGCCGAAGAUGGCCAGCGGUUUCCACUUUCCACAAUCAAAGAAGUCGUUCGUGCCGAAGAACUCGAGCCGGAGCGAGGGCGGACGAAGAAAGGCAAACGUGCCGGUCGAAAGUCAAAAUCUAAGGCUCAAGCAGAAGAGUCUUCGGGCGAUGAUGAUGAUCUCGAUGUCUGGGAAAAAGAAAGUGGUGUUCUUCAUGGCUUCAUCCCCAGGUGGGACCCCAAGUCUCAAAACAGCACCAAGGAGGAGGACGUCAUCGUCUCCGCAGAUAUCGCAUAUGCUCCUUCUGGUAUCGAAACAAGAGAGGUCAAGGAUUCCACAUUCCGAUUCGCAAAGCUCCUUAGCUCUUCAUUCAUCGGAUCGGGGGUUGUGGAACUACCACCGGAAGGUGUGAAGAGACCCAAGAAUUCGAAAAAAAUGCACAUGGUUUUCUAUGUCUGUCAUGGGCGAGUGCAAGUCGAUAUCUCUGGGGUGCAGUUUAGCGCUGGCAAGGGAUGUGUGUUCCAGGUCCCACGUGGCAACUACUAUAGCUUCCAAAAUGCUCAUAGCAAAGAAGCUCGGCUUUUUUUCACACAGGGUUGCGUCCCGGGCGAGGACGAGAUUGCUUUAAGUAAAUCCAGGAAUGCCGUUCAAGAAAGCGAAUUCGAAGCCGAAGGAGAGGGUGAGCUGGAGGGAGAUGAUGCAGGCGAAGAUGCAGACGAAGCUGAAGCUGAAGCAGAAGCGGACGCAGAAACGGAAACCGAAAAUGUCCCUGCACCAGUAAUUAAAAAGAGUCGCGGUCGUCCCAAGGGCAAGCAGAAGGCAAAGUAA